AUGAGCUCCGGGGGCUUGUCUGUGUCCGACCUCGAGUUCCCCUCCGCGGCUGUCUCCGUGUCACAGCUGCUGUCGUCGUUACGCCGCUCCGCUCUAUCAGUCUCAAACCGCCUGCGCUCCAUCGACGCCGAUGCCCACUUUGUGCACGAGGUUGCUGACCACUAUAACCUGCCCCUCGUUGCCAACGAACGCUGUGGGAGCUGGUAUAUCGACCCGACCAAGAAGACAGGCAGCGCCUACUUCAAAAGCACCGAUGGCCAUACCGGCGAAUGGAGCUUUAGCUUCCGUCGACUAAAUUUACAGAUCCUGUCGCUUGCGCGGGAAAAUGGCGGGUGCAUUAUUGUCGACUCCACUCGCAGGGGUAAACUGAUGCCCGAUGCCCUCUCAAAAACUGUCCCGAUCUGGUGCGCCGUCCUGAAUCGAGCUCUGUUUCCAACCGAGCCCGCUUUGCAUCCGGUCCAGUUUCCUCCCAAUUUCCUGACGGCUUCGGAGGAAGCCCAGAUCGAGCAGAGGAUUGACGGCUUUGUCGACUCGCUCAAAGAGCUCAAACUAGACUUGGCCCAGUUGGGCAAGGACCUCGGUCGACCCAUUCGGAUUGCCUGGGCGAACCAGGCCUAUUUUUACCCGACUGAUCUGCACAAAAGUGGACAGUACAAUCUAUUUGUACUUUGCUCUGCUUCUCGUAGGGUGCAUGGCGCAGAGGCUUCCGAAGGUGGCUAUAUACAGGGUGCCGGCGAUGACAGUGAAGGCUGGUCAAAUGGCUUGACAGCUCCUGUCUUUUGGGAGAGUAAGGAUGUUCUUUUAGCAACAGAAGAAAGUGAGUUGCCCAGCGUCAUCCAAGAGCUGAUGGAACGCAACGACAAGACCCCUGCCAGUCAGCAAGCUACACUAGUGCUUCCUUCUUCAAAUCUCUACAUCAGCCAGUCCCAACCGAAUUCUGGAGGUCACGGUAGCUAUGACCUCGUAAUUGCUUGCAAUGACAAGCCUACUGAAGGUGGUAAUAUCAAAAAACUGAAUCUAGGCUGUGGACCCCAUAAGCUUGGCAGUCGAGACUUGCGUUUGGCUCUCGACAAGGUCCAUGCAUUUGCUGAAAAGCAUCUUGGUUCUAAUGCGUCCCAGUCGUUGCUCGUCACUUGUGAGACAGGUAAAGACCUUUCUGUCGGGACCCUGCUAGCUAUCGUCUGCUUAUUCUACGACGACAAUGGAAAAUAUGUCGGAAAACAACCACAGCUUUACAUGGACAAACAGUUCAUCCGCCAGCGCCUGGCAUGGAUAAUUACUUCCAAGCCCGAUGCCAACCCCUCACGGGCGACGCUACAAUCGGUCAACGCGUUUCUUUUACAGAGACGAGAUUGA